AUGCGUGCAGCCGGAGAGAGUACUUCUCACACCUCAGCAGCAGGUGAUUCGUCGCCUGCUGAUGUGAACAGUCCACGUGGUGAGUCACCACGUACGACAGGUACAUCCGCUGCGUCUGCAGCGGGUACUGCGAAUCGUAUUCCAGAUGAGUAUGAAAUAGAGCUCACAUGUUCUGGCGAGUCGAAUGAUGCAUCCGACUCGAAGGCGGCACCUCACGCCUCCCGAUCACCCGGGGCGGACACUGCAAGAGCCAGGUUGACUGGUUCUGGUCAACGUGGUGGCAUCAUGCUCGAGAUCUUCGGAUUGAGCGAUUAUUCCGAUGAGUUUCAGCCUCACGCAAGUCUAUCCAGCGAUAGGACGCGUGGCGAUGGUGGUGACGCACCUAUACAUCACAGCGAGCGUAGCAACUCGAGAGAUUGA